CUUUUCAGCUAUCUUACUUCAUCUUCUUUCUAAAUGGUAUUUUGCAGCAAUGAGUUUCAAAAGUUGGUACAUGAGAAACGCUGGGGCGCACAGUUGGUAGGAAGUUUCACAGUUGAAGUUGGUGAUCAAGAUGAAGCUAUUCACAUCUGGGAAUAUGAUGGUGGCUACCCAGCACUAAACAAUGCCACAGUGAAGUAUCGUACUGAUAAGGACUUCUUGGAGUUCCGAUCAAAGCGUAACAAGAUGUUACGUUCUCGACGUAACCAGAUUUUGUUACGUUUUAGCUUUUGGCCACGUGAAACACCAACACCCGACCGCAGUCACAUCUAUGAGUUGCGUAGUUAUGUGUUGAAGCCUGGUACCAUGAUUGAGUGGGGUAACAAUUGGGCUCGUGGUAUCCAGCAUCGGCGCACCAACAAUGAAGCCGUUGCAGGCUUCUUUUCGUCCAUCGGACACCUGUAUACAGCUCACCACUUGUGGGCAUAUGAAGACCUCCAGACGAGGAAGGAAACACGUGAGGCAGCUUGGCGGCGACCAGGAUGGGAUGAGUGUGUGGCAUAUACAGUGCCGCUGAUACGACACAUGGAGUCACGCAUCCUGAUUCCAACACCAUUUUCACCAUUGCAGUAGUAGCAGUUAUUAAUUAUUAAAUUUACAAGAUAAUGCAUUGCAACAUCACUCUAUACAAACUUGUUAAAAAAAAAAAAAGCAAAACAAACAAGCAAAAAAAAAACAAAAACAAAAAAGACCCACCUGCUUUCAAACCCCUUGUCAUUGUAUUUUUACUCUUAACAUCCAACCACAAAAAUAAAAAUUUUAAAAAUAAU